AAACGCGUCUCAUUCUUUUAUCAGAUUUCAAGUGAUUCAGUCGCGUUUUGGUUUCAUUUUUUUUUACACUUUGGAACGAAAUAUUCAGAGAGAGAAAAAGAAUAAUGUCAAAAUUAAAACUUUGGAAAACUUUGAUGGUGGUUUCUUGGCUUUGUCUGUUCGCCAACACAUGGCUAUGGAUACAUUUUACAAGAAAAAACGGAACUGAAAUUCGUAGUGAGCCCAAACUGAUAAUUGCAGCCGUUAUUUUUCGACACGGCGAUCGCAAUCCCAUGGAGACAUUUCCAACCGAUUCGAAUAAAGACAUAUCAUGGCCAGGAGGCUGGGGCGUGCUCACGCAAGUUGGCAUGGAGCAAUCAUAUGAAUUAGGCGCGUAUCUACGCAGAAGAUAUGCGUUAUUGCUUGGAGAUAUCCGUUCAGAUGAUAUUGUGAAUGUUCAAAGUUCCACUUUAAGACGUACAAAAAGGAGUGCAGCUGCAUGUUUGGCCGGUUUAUUUGGCAAAACUAAAAGUGACCAAAUAUUGAAUAGUGAUUUAUCGUGGCUAUCGAUUCCGAUUCAUAGAGUUCCACAAAAUGAAGACUAUAUUUUAUAUCCUGGAAAGAAAUGUCCUCGCUACGCUCAUGCUAUCGAUGAAUAUUUAAAAUCACCACAGUUCAUCGCUCUUAUGGCCCGACACAAGGAGAUGUUCCAUUUACCGGCUUGGGGAGUUGAAGCGUUGGAACAUGGUGAUUUAAAAUGGGCUGCAGAUCAUGCCUACGAAGUCCGAACAACACUUUUGGCUCGUUUAUAUGCGGGAUUUUUAAUACGGGAAAUCGUUGAGCAAUUGCAACAAAAAGUAGAUGGAUCUCUAUCGCCGGAUCGCUCUCUCUUUUUGUACUCAGGUUCCGGAUUUGCCAUCGUCAAGGUUCUCAAUGCUCUACAACUAUUCGAUGCGCACGAGCCACCUUAUGGCUCGAGUCUUCAUUUCGAAGUGUACUCUUCGAACGAUGAAUACCACAUGCAAAUAAUCUACCGAAACACAGAUGAUGAAAAUCCAUGUCCAUUGGAGAUCCCAUCGUGUGGAGCAAAAUGCUCACUAGAACAGUUCAAGAGCAUCUACAGUGCAAUCAUACCGACCGGAACAUUUGACGAAGAAUGCGAGUUGUCGUAAUUUUUGUAGAAUUAAGUACUCAUUAGACUUCAUGUGCUCACGAAUAAAUUGGGCAUUUAUAAAAGUCUGGCCAGACAUGAAAAAGAUGUUUGCAAAGAUGAUUGUUCAUCUCUUGGGUAUUAACUAAACAAAUGCAUUUAUUUUUGUCAUAUUUAGUUGCACAAUGAAUAUAUUCGUUGCUGUUUUGAAGAAAAUCGGAUAACAAACGAACAUUUAAUGGUAUGCUAUUCAUUUCAUCCAUAUGAAUUUGAGUAAAUAAAAAAAGGUAUUACAUUGAA